CUAUAGGGAAUAAUUGCAAGUCAGUCAAGUAAGGCAGAAGCCAUAUUGUAAAAUUUUCUGUUGUUUCUAAAUAUAAGACGGAAUCAAACAGUACUUCUCAGCCCUCUAUUCACCAAGAAAAUUUAGAAAAGAUCGUCUAAAAUGAAUCCUGAAUAUGACUACCUUUUUAAGCUGCUCCUGAUUGGAGAUUCUGGCGUGGGAAAAUCAUGUUUGCUUCUACGAUUUGCUGACGAUACGUACACAGAAAGCUAUAUCAGUACCAUUGGUGUGGAUUUUAAAAUAAGAACUAUUGAUCUAGAUGGAAAGACAAUCAAGCUGCAAAUUUGGGACACAGCGGGACAAGAACGGUUCAGAACCAUCACGUCCAGCUACUACAGAGGAGCCCAUGGCAUCAUAGUAGUGUACGAUUGCACAGACCUAGAGUCCUUUAACAACUUGAAACAAUGGCUUGAAGAAAUUGAUCGCUACGCCUGUGAAAAUGUUAACAAACUAUUAGUAGGAAACAAAUGUGAUUUGACUACUAAAAAGGUCGUGGAUCAACAAACAGCUAAGGAAUAUGCAGACCAGUUGAACAUCCCAUUUUUAGAAACAUCAGCCAAGAGUGCGAUGAACGUGGAGCAAGCGUUCAUGACAAUGGCGACUGAGAUAAAGAACCGAGUGGGACCGCCUUCGUCUGCUGCUGAUUCAGGCAAAAACGUCAGGAUUGACCAGGGAAAACCUGUAGAGCCCACCAAGUCUGGGUGCUGUUGAAAAUCAGUUACAUCCAUAAUGCGCAAUAUGUAUGGAUGGUCCAUCUCACUGAUUCUCCAUAAGCUGUCAUCAUCAUGGCAUUGGCCCGAUUAUGGAGUUGUACAUACAUAUAUUAUAAUCGCCUAAUGAAGUUUAUGGUUUUGUCAAAUGUUUAAAGACUUGUAAUUUACUUGUGCAAAAUUUAGUUGUGAGCGAGAUGAACUGUUCAAGCACCUUUUACUUAAACGAAUUAGCCUUAUUUUGCUGUCUCCUAGAUGUUUCAUAGAUCGUUAUUUUGAAGGAAUGCUUGAUUUAAAUUAGUUGUGUAAUAAUAAAAGUCCUAAUAUAUACAUACCUAUAUAUAUAAUUUACAUAAACGUUUCUUAAAUUAUAAAAAUAUUUACUAAUUAUUCAUUGUAUUUACUCUAUCCCAAAUAUUGAGUUAUUUGUUAGUUAUAUACAUUUACUUACUCUGCACUUGCCAAUAUUGAAGAAGUGGAUGAAACAUUUUUAAUAAUGAUAUUCUCCUGGUGAUUGUUUAAAAUGUUUUUUUAAGUUUUUAAAACGCCUAAAAAGUUAUAGAAGCUACUUUAGCGCAAUUUAUUAAGUUUGUUAUUUUUUCACAUUCCAGUAUUGUGUUGAACAUGUAUUUUAUGUAAAUGUUGUCUGCAAAUAAAGUAGUGUUUUGCUUA